AUGUACCUCGCAACAGUGCAUAACAUCAACCACACUGAGGAUUGCGUUCUCAGCCUCCCCGAUAUGGCUGGGUCCCUCGUUUGCAGUACUAUCCCAGUUUACGUUUACCACACAACUCGCCAAAGCAAAUCUUCACGUUACUCCGACCGAGACUUCCAAGUCACGAUGCAUCAAUUCUUCCCAGGCGUAUUUUUCAACUUUGAGACCGUGCGUAUCGCCGGCAUGGUCUUCAGCGGCGGUGCCGAGCUCGCAGAAUGUCUCGACGCCGUCGGUGCCAUCAAGGACAAUGAUCCGGAGAGCUGGCACUCUGCCUGGGCGCAGCAGGCGCAAAAAGCGGAAGCGCUGGCAGAGGAAGCCCGCAACAGCGGGAACAAGAUCGCAGCCAAGAAUGCACUUCUCCGUGCCUCCAACUAUACCCGCGCAAGCUACUACAUGCUCCCCGGCGACGGCCCCUCCGCCGCGAUCCCCCUAUUCGACGAAAACACCGUCCGCCCUUUGCAAAUCGAGUACGAGGGCCACAAGCUCCCCGGCUAUCUGUACCUCCCGCCGUCAUGGCGAAGACUCCCCGGACGAAAAAUCCCCGUCAUCGUCUGCAACAGCGGCGCCGAUGGCCUCUCGGAAGAAAUCUACUUCUUCGCUCCCGCCACGGCGGUAGAGCUCGGAUACGCCGCAGUCACGUACGAAGGCCCCGGCCAAGGUCUCACGCUGCACCGUGAGGGCCUGCAGUUCCGGCCCGACUGGGAGGUCGUCGCCGGUGCCGUAUUCGAUCACCUUGAAAGCAUAAACGCAGAAGAGCCCGAACUCGGGCUGGACUUGGAUCGUGUUGCCAUAUGGGGAACCUCGCUAGGAGGCUACUUUGCCCUACGGGCAGCGGCCGGCGACGAGCGGUUCAAGGCGUGCGUGGCGAUUGACCCCGUCCACGAUUUCUGGGACUUUGCCACCACUCAGAUCCCCAAGCCCGUCCUAGCUAGCUGGGAGCGUGGCUGGAUUAGUGAUUCCGUCAUUGACACAGUGGUCGGCAUCACGACACGCUUCGUCUUUCAGAUGAAGUGGAACAUCAAUCUCUCCAGCAUCAUCUUUGGAAUAGCGCGGCCCUCCCAGAUCAUGAAAGCCAUGAAGGCAUAUACCCUGCGUCUUCCCGGGGAAACAGCCUGUUGA